CCCAUCUCAUCUCUCGUCUCUCGUCUCUCGCCGACGCCGUCCUCGGGACGUGCCACACAAACCAUCUCCGCUCGGCCCUUAUCCUGCGGAGGUCUCCACCCCGCAGAUCGAGACCGACAACCUCCCCCUUCCCUCUCUCUCCCCUUUCCCCCCGACGACGACGACGACGACGAUAGUAUCUGUAAGGCCCCCCGUUCAUCGUUGCCCACUUCCGGCGUGGAUAGUAUCGACGACGACGGCCACGGCCACGGCCACGACCUCUCCCGGGCCCUUGGGACCCCUUUCCACUCGCCCCCCAUCCCCCUUCCCCUUCCCCACCGUGUCUCUCACUCACUCAAGUCUCCUUCAUUCACCUGCAGCGGUAUUCGCUCAGCAGCCGAUGAAAGGGACCCCCCCCCCUCCCCACCCCAGUCGAGUACCCUGACGCGGCACACGUCAGCCAGCUUUACCCGCUGCGCCUCGCCGAAAAGGACGACUCGGCACUUCUUAACUUGGAAUCAUCGUCCCCUUAACCCCCCUCUCCAUGCCCCUAGGGCCCCAGGCACGCCAUGUCCCAGAAACCGACAAGCUUCGCGUGUGACCGAUGCAGGGCAGGGAAGCGAAAAUGCGACGCGGCUCGCCCUGCAUGCUCGUUGUGCAGCCGGCAGAAUAGGGAAUGCGUCUACACCGAGCAACGCCCCAGGAAGCGGAAGUACUGGGACGAAGACUAUGUCAGGGCCCUCGAGGCACAGGUCCAGUCUCUGCUCUUGGCCCUGGAAAAGCAGGGUGCCGAGAGCGAGCCGUCGCCGGCGGCGCUGUCUCUGAGUGACCGAGCGUCUCAGUCAGUAGAGCCCGAUGCCGGUCUCGGGGAAGAUGUCGCCGGAGAUGAUGCCGUAGACGAAGAAGAUGAAGGUGAAGCAGAAGAAGAGAACUUUGGCGGUGUCAACGGCGGCGGUAAACCCCCCAGCACCACCACCAGCAAUGUCUUUUCCCUCGAAGACGGCCGUGCCGCCACCAGCAAGGGCCCCGGGGCGACGACGACUACGACGACGACGACACAGGAGAGAUCCCAAGCGGCCAUGGAGGAGCUGUGCGUGAUGCUCUGGCGGACCAACGUCGGCGACGGCGUGACCAUCAUCGACGACCCGAAGACGGGGUCCCGCUACUCGGUCGACCCGGUCCUCCAACAGCCGGCGCCGGCGCCGUCGCAGCCGCAGUCGCAGUCGCAGCCGCCCCCGGCGCACCACCGGGUGGCGGUGGUCACGCCGCCGGAGCAGAUCCUCGCGUACUGCCGCCAGCAGGGCCUCGUGCACGAGAUGGCGGACCUGUUCCUGGCCAACAUCAACCGCGAGCACCAGUUCACGCCGUACACCACGACGGCCGACUUCCUGCCCGGGUACCCCUACCAGGCGCCGGACGAGGCCUUUUUGCACAGCGCCAUCAUCGCCGCGGGCACGGCCUUCUCGUCCCGGCCCGACGCCCGGGUCGUCGGCGACGCCUUCGCCGAGUUCGCCGAGGGCCUCGUGCUGACGUGCUGCCGGCAGAACCCGACGGUCCGGGUCAUCCAGGGCCUCUCCAUGAUGUCGUGGCGCUCGCUCGCGCUGGGCCGCGACCACUUUGGCUGGAUGUUCAUCUCCAUGGCCGCCGGCAUGUGCGUCCACCUGCGGCUGCACGUGCUGGCCCUCGACGAGUGCACGGCGAGGCAGCUCGAGGCCACGGAGCAGGAGGUCCGCACGUUCUGGAUGUUCUACAUCAUCGACCGCACCGCCAUCUCCAUCCUCGGCCGCAACUGCGCGCUGCCCUGGCGCCGCGUCAACGUGCCCAGCUUCGACACCACGUUCGAGAGCUCGACGGCCGACCUGGCCCAGGUCUCGUUCGCCUGGCAGUGUAGGCUGUGGUAUCUCCAGGAUCAGUACAUGGACCAGGUCUUCUCGACAACCUUUGAAUCCCUUCCGAUCCCGCAGCAGGUCCGGGUCCUCGUCGCGAGCCAGGACGCCCUCAGCACCUUCUUCCGCUCCCGCGACGACCGCCUCCAUCUCUCGGGCGACUCGACGCCCAAGCCCGUCCUGCAGUUCCACCUGGCGUACCAGAUGACGAUCCUCAUCACGAUGCCGCCCUUCCUGCGCAUCUUUGCCGCCAUCUCCCAGACACCGCCGGCGGGGGGCAGCAGCGGCAGUAGUAGUAACAGUAACAACAACAGUAACAUCAACAGUAACAUCAACAACAACAACAACAACACCACCAGCACCGCCGAACACCAACACCAACAGCAUCACCCUCAAAACUCCGAGUUCAUGCUCCUCGUCCUUCGCUCCCUCACCGCCGCCGCCACCGCGACCUCCCGCCUCGCGCGCACCUACCGCCGCGCCCACGGCUUCGACACGCCGCCGAACCCGGUCAUCAUCCACCACCUCCUCAGCGCCGCCAUCGUCCACCUCAUGAACGCCACGAGCUGGACGCCCGCCCUGCGCCACCAGAGCACCUACUGGCUCCGCCAGUGCCUCGAGCUCCUGCGCGAGCUGCAGACGCCCUGGCCCGUCCGCGCCAUCAAGAGCAUCAAGAUCAUCCGCGUGCUGGCCCAGCGCUGGGGCGUCGUGAGGGCGCUGCCGCUGGAGUUUAGCUACCAGGUCGAACCACCGCCGGCACCACUGCCACCAGCAGCAGCAGCGAUGGAUCCAGAGGCUCACGACGACUACGGCGUGGAGGCUAUGAGGAGGAGUGGAGUGGGGGCGGGAGGAGGAGGAGGAGGAGGAGGAGCCCUCGGGCUGGGUCAGGGGGCAGUUGACCAGGUCCAGCUCGAGUAUGAGUGGGACGGGUACGCGACCGGAGGAGGUGCGGUAGAUGCGCCGGCCAUGGACCUCGGCGCGCUGGGCGUCGAGUCCUUUGCGUCGAUGGGAGCCCUCGACAUGUCCGCCUUGGGCGGAGAACGUGCCAACGCCGUCGGCGGCGCCAUCGACUUCCUCCAGGCGUUCCAGGGUCUGACGGACUGCGACAACUUCAACUGGCUAUCAACCAACAAUAACAACGGGCUGUAAG